CCAGGGACUGGGCACUGCCAGCUGCCCACGGGCACACCGUGCUGGUGCCGGGCCUGCUAAUAGGAUCAUUAACUCGUUAAGGUUGGAAAAGACCUCCAGGAUCCUCAAAGAGUCCAGCCAUUGACUAAUCCUCACCUUGUCAGCUAGACCAGAGUUCUGAGUGCCACAUCCAGUCAUUUGUUGCACGCUUCCAGGGGUGGAAUGUGGGGAAGCCAAUGUGGCACGGGCAAUCCAGAGGGGCUGCAGGUGCUGAAUUUGGGGAGAAAUCUUCCCUGCGGGAGGCUGACAACUCACUUCUUAGGGAAGUUUGGGGAUGGGGAGGAUCUUUUGUGGCCUGGCUUUGGGAGUCCCAGAUUAGGUGGGAAAUGGGAGCUAUGAAUCUUCCUUUUUACAGCUGAUUUAAUGAGUGUGGCUGUCCCAGUAGGGGCAAGCCUUAGCUCUGAAAACUCAAAUCCCAGAGCAGAGCUGACUCUUAUCAGCUGGAUUGAUGAUCUUGGAGGUGUUUUCCAACCUUAACAAUUCUGAUUCUAUGUUGAGGUUCCUCAUAAGCAUGGGUGUAGUGAGGGGUCCAUUAUACCCACAUGAGGAUAAGGACUGCUCAGAUGGAAAGGCUUUGUCACUUACUGGGAAGGUCAAGGCUUUUGGCACCGAUUUGAAAAAAAACAAACAAGGUCUUGUUUCUGAUUACCCAAGAGCUCCUUGCAGAUAAAGAGGGUGGUUUACAAAGUGGUCAAGCUUGUGGCAUGUUCUUGCAGUUGCUUGAAGGUUUCCUUACCACUGGGUCUGGGUUCUUGUGAGAUGAAGAAACUGGCUAGAAAAACAUCCUGUUGCUUCACUUACCGUGUGCCAACUUGCCCUUGCCUGCAUGGAAGUGGGAAUGAGCAGGUUGGGCAGUGUCUGGGGACCAGGAGAGCAUCAUCCUGGUGUGGCUCUGAGGUUGGCACCUCGAGGGGUGUUAUAGGCAGAGCCUGUGGCAGUGUUGAGGUGCUGGACGACCUGGCAGGGCUUUCCCUGCAGGAGGAGGAAUAGGGAAUGUUGACAUCUGCACCUUCCCCACCCUCCUGUGUCGCACUGGGCUGGCUCUGACCUCAGCCAAGCUUCUGCUAAAACCUCCAGAGUCCAGAUGUGUCAGUCCCCUCUGGGCUGCCCCACUGCAGACCCAGCCCAGCUUGUCCCACCUUGGCUACCGUGUGCUUUGUCCUGGUGGCCAGCACUGCCCUGUGUGUGCUCCUGUCAUCCCAGCCCCUGUAACUCUCUCUGUUUCCCCCCCAGCCACCACGAUGCCGCUGUCCCAGAGCAGGGCUGGGCAGGUCCCGUGCAGCAGCAAGGUGUGCAGGAACCUCUUUGGCCCCGUGGACCACGAGCAGCUCCAGCAUGACUUUGAGAACCAGAUAAGGCAACAGCUGGAAGAAGCUCAGCAACGCUGGAACUUCAACUUUGAGACAGAGACUCCCUUGGAAGGGCCUUUCAAGUGGGAGAGGAUCCUGGAGGCUGAGCAGCCUCCCCAGGAAGUUCACAGCCUGGUCAGGGCUGUCACCAGCAGCGACAGCAGGAGCUCCUUGGCCCACAGGGUCCCCCCCAAGGACCGUGUUGGCAGGAUUUGCCCCGAGGAGCCUGAGCAGAGCUCCAAGGCUUACAAGGCUGGUUCCCUGCAGAGCUUGAAACGUGGGCAGACCACGAUCAAAGACUUCUACAGUGCCAAGAGAAGGAUUGUCCCUGCCCGGCCCCGGCCGUGACUCGCUGGGGCAGCGAGUGUGGCUGCCCCCCCUGCUCUGCUCAUCUGUACAAAGCAAUGUAGAGUCUCUAGUUCCCUAUUUAUGAAUAGCUCUGGGGUCCUGAGGGACCUUCACUGUGUGCAAUGUAGAGGAGGAGCCCCGUGGUGAGGCUGGAGGUGAACUGAGAUGGGCCUGGUGGGAUUAAGGCACUGCCCUGCCUGCAGAGAAGUGCAGAAAAAAGUGCAGAAAAGUGUCCUCUGCCCUGUGCUUGUGGCUCCAAACACCGUCCUUGUGCCGUCCUGCUGUCCAGCCGUGGUCUGUCCCCUGCCUGGGGGCCGGCCCUGGGGGACACUUGUGUCCCAGCCACCUGGUGGCACGAGAUCUCUUUAAGGAAAGUUCCUGGUGUGGAUUGUAGAGCCCUGGGACACCCCGGCUGCUGGCACAUGGGGGUGCCCUGUCCCAGCAGGCUGGACCCCAGCACUUGUCCGUGUGUGGGAGCAGAGAGAUGUGGAGGCUGCUCCUUCCCACGGCUCUGGGCAGAGGAAGCUGUUCCCUGGACAGCCCCAGCCCUUCCUUGGGGUGUCUCACUGGGGGACCAGCACUGCCCCCCUUUGGGGUCCCCUGCACUCUGCUGGCCCCAAAUCCCACUUUCUUACCUUGUUGUUGGCUUGUUAAGUGGUGCUGCUUGUGCCCAUGUCCCUGCCUCCCUCAACACUGACACCAGGCUGGGGAGCCCCUGCUCUGGCUCUGUUGGGCUCCUCUAGGAAGUCCUGCUCACCAGCAGGGAUGAUGCUGAAAUAAGGAAUUGUAGCGUAUUUUCCUGGACUUUUUCUCCUUUGGGGCUGGCAGGGAGAGGACCCUUACCUGGCUCUGCUCUGGGAGCAUGGGAUGGCCUGGAGCAGAGGCUGCUCAGUUCCAGCACUGAAGGAUGAGUCCCUGAGGGACUCAACACUGUCAGGUAUCGGCACUUUCAUGGGGUUCAUCUCCUGCUCUGCUGGAUUUGGACUCUGGAAACUGGUGCAAGAUGGUCCCAGGAAGAAAAGGGACAGGGUUGAUCUCCCACCUUGCACCACGAUGCACUUUGCUGUCCGUGAAGCUGGCAAGCAAGCACUAAAUGUUUAUUUAUAUUUAAAAUAAUGCUAUUAAGUGUAUGUGGGGAAAGGGGAAAUACCUGUUUGUCUGUAAGUGUUAACUCUGAAUAAACACCUCUACAAAGGAA